AUGCUUUGGUGGCAUCUUCUUUUCUGCAUUAUUUCCAUUCACAGAAUUGUUUAUUUUGUUCGAUCACAAGAUGAAGAUGAAGAAUCAACAACAGUUCCUUUAUCGACAACUGUGAAUCAAGUUGAAGAACAGUUAAUUGGACGUGUUUCAUUGUCUAUACCAACUCGUACAGUUACCGAUCUCAUAAACAAUGGAAGUCAACAGAAUGUAAAUCUAAUUUAUUUAAAUGAAUCAUCAAAACAACGUAUUAUCAUUGCUCUUGCUGUUCUAUGUGCAGCUCUUGUUGUUUUACUCGGGUUUCUUGUUUCAAUUAUUGUGUGUCAAUGGUUACAACAUGAUAGAGAUGAAGACGAUUCGCUCAAUGAAACAAGUAAAGCACAAACAAAUCUAGCCGAUCCUUCAUAUAAUUAUCAUAAUCAUAUCUAUCGACAAACAGUUAAACUUUAG